CUCUUUAGGACAGCUCGCUGCUCCACGAAAAAAAAAAACAUCCUGACAGCUCUGUUGUUGUGCACGUCGAGCGAACAUCGGGUUUUGUGUCUUUCAGAACCAGAAACAACCCCAACCUACGGGGGGAAGUCAGGCGGAUCACUUCGUUUCUGUUCCAGGCGUUGAUCAAGUGACCUGUAGAGCCAGAUCAUGUGACCCAGCAGCAGAGGCGUCGCUGAGAACGUUCACCGCGGACACACCGCCAGAGAGCCGUUUCACAAUAAACAGAUAAGGCAGCGACCAAGUGCUCUCGGAGCCGCUCGGAUUGCAAACGCUUCUUUCCUCGGAUCGCAAUGAAACGAGGGGAGCAUGGGGGCUAAAGAGUCGAGGAUAGGAUUCCUGUCGUAUGACGAGGCUGUCAAGAGAGUGACUGAUGUGGAGCUGAAGCGGCUGAAAGAUGCCUUCAAGAGAACCAGCGGCCUGUCGUGUUACAUGACCCAGCAGUGCUUCUACAGGGAGGUGCUGGGAGAUGGAGUUCCCCCCAAAGUGGCAGAGGUGAUCUACAGCUCGUUUGGAGGCUCCUCCAAAGGACUACACUUUAACAACCUGAUAGUGGGUCUGGUGCUGCUGACCAGAGGGCGUGAUGAGGAGAAGGCUAAGUACCUCUUCAGCCUGUUUGCCAACGAUCUCGGCGGAUAUGCUGCCAGGGAAGAUAUCGAGGCGGUUCUGCAGGUCCUUGAUGGAGAAGUGCCGUCCUCCCUGAAGAAGUGCUUUGCAGAGAGCGACAAGGUGAACUAUGAGCGCUUCAGGAACUGGCUCCUGCAGAACAAGGAGGCCUUCACUCUGUCCCGGUGGCUGCUCUCCGGAGGGGUGUGUGUCACGCUGACGGACGACAGCGACACGCCCACAUUCUACCAGACCCUUGCUGGUGUCACACACCUGGAAGAGUCUGACAUAAUAGAUUUGGAGAAGCGCUAUUGGCUGCUGAAAGCCCAGUCCAGGACCGGCCGCUUUGACUUGGAAACCUUCGUCCCGCUGGUCUCUCCUCCCAUCCAUGCCUCGCUGAGUGAAGGCCUGUUUCAUGCCUUCGAUGAAAAUCGGGACAAUCACAUCGACUUUAAAGAGAUCUCUUGUGGACUCUCAGCCUGCUGUAGGGGGCCUGUCGCUGAAAGGCAGAAAUUUUGUUUCAAAGUGUUUGAUGUGGACCGUGACGGGGUUCUGUCACGAGAUGAGCUCCACGAGAUGGUGGUUGCCUUGUUGGAGGUGUGGAAGGACAAUCGCACGGACACAAUCCCUGAGCUGCACAGUAGCGUGUCGGACAUAGUGGAGGAAAUCCUGAAGAUGCACGACACGACCAAGCUGGGUCACCUGACCCUUGAAGACUACCAGAUCUGGAGCGUGAAGAGUGCGUUGGCCAAUGAGUUCCUAAACCUGCUCUUCCAGGUUUGCCACAUAGUGUUGGGCCUCAGGCCUGCCACUCCUGAAGAGGAAGGGCAGAUCAUCAGGGGCUGGCUGGAGAGGGAGAGCAGACAUGGGCUGCAGCAGGGCCAGAACUGGUUCCUGAUCUCCAUGCUGUGGUGGCAGCAGUGGAAGGACUACGUUAAAUAUGACAGUCCCUGGUGUUGUCUUCCUGUCCAGGAGCAUAAAGGGAUCGUUGUGGAACAGCCGUCCAUUCUGAGCUCCUUCAGAACCCCCAUGGCCACAGCCACUGUGGAGCCCGCACAGCCCGACAGACACGGGGGUCUGGGAUCCUUUGGCCCCUCCAGCCCCUCAGAGGAGAAGUCCCCUGAUGCUGUGUCCAGUGCCUCAGAGGCGACAGAAACUGCAGCACUGAGUCCUCAGCUCGCUCCCUCAGCAGCAGAGAGCUGCUUCGCCCGUCAACACAACAUAUCAGAGAACAACAAUCAGUGCUUCUCUGGAGCCAAUGGCCACCUGCCCUCCCAGCUGACAGCACAAAGGCCCGGAGCCAUCGACAACCAGUCUCUGGUCACCACCGAUCCCAUAAAGGCCCCUACAUUAACCAUGGAGGGUGGCAGGCUGAGGCGAUCCUUGCAGCUGGUGCCUGGUAGAGACUUUGAGGUGGUGCCGGAGCCAGUGUGGCGGGCCCUCUACCACUGGUACGGUGCCAACCUCAGCCUGCCGCGGCCGGUAAUCCUGCAAAGCAAGACUGGUCAAGCAGAGCUGGAGCUCUUCCCCCGCUACCUCCUCUUCCUCCGCCAGCAGCCCGCCACGCGCUCCCCCCAGUCCAACAUCUGGGUCAAUAUGGGUAUGACCAGCCUGCGAAUGUUCCCACCGUAUUUGCCCCCACCAAGAGGAAACGUCCCAUCGCCAAACGCUCCUCUGAAGAGGAUGCUGGCUUAUACCGGCUGCUUCAGCCGCGUGGCCACCAUCAAGGACAUCCACCUGUACCUGUCACAGAGGCUCCGCAUCAAGGAGGAGGACAUGAGGCUCUGGCUCUACAACAGCGAGAACUACCUCACCCUCCUUGAUGAUGAAGACCACACUCUGGAAAGUCUGAAGAUCCUGGAUGAGCAGCAGCUGGUUAUUGAGGUCAGGAACAAAGACAUGAGCUGGCCUGAGGAGAUGUCCUUCAUCGCCAACAGCAGUAAAAUGGACAGACACAAAGUUCCUACGGAGAAAGGAGCGACGGGCCUCAGUAACCUCGGCAACACCUGCUUCAUGAACUCCAGCAUUCAGUGUGUGAGCAACACCAAGCCUCUGUCGGACUACUUCCUGUCAGGAAGACACCUCUACGAGCUCAACAGGACCAACCCCAUCGGGAUGAGAGGGCACAUGGCCAAGUGUUACGGAGACCUGGUGAUGGAGCUGUGGAGUGGGACGCAGAAGAGCGUGGCGCCGCUCAAGCUCAGGUGGACGAUAGCAAAGUAUGCCCCUCGUUUCAACGGCUUCCAGCAGCAGGACUCCCAGGAGCUACUGGCGUUCCUCCUGGAUGGCCUCCAUGAAGAUCUGAACCGGGUCCACGAGAAGCCUUACGUGGAGCUGAAGGACAGCGACGGGCGGCCGGACUGGGAGGUGGCUUCUGAGGCCUGGGAGAACCACCUUCGCAGGAACCGCUCCAUCGUAGUGGAUCUGUUCCACGGCCAACUCAAGUCCCAGGUGAAGUGUAAAACCUGCGGUCACAUCAGCGCCCGCUUCGACCCCUUCAACUUCCUGUCUCUGCCUCUGCCCAUGGACAGCUCCAUGCAUCUGGAGAUCACCGUCAUCAAGCUGGACGGCUCCACGCCUGUGCGGUACGGUCUGAGGUUGAACAUGGAUGAGAAGUACACAGGGCUGAAGAAACUGCUGAGCGAGCUGUGCAGCCUGAAGCCUGAGCAGAUCCUCCUGGCUGAGGUCCAUGCUUCCAACAUCAAGAACUUCCCUCAGGACAACCAGAAGGUUCGCCUCUCUGUCAACGGCUUCCUCUGUGCGUUUGAGGUCCCGGUCCCUGGUUCCCCAACAUCUCUGAGCUCGCCCACGCUCACAGACAUCACCCCAACCGCUAACGGCUCCGCUGCUAACGGGCACCUGAUCCCCAACGGUGGGCCCGGCACCAUGGUGCCUUGCAGCCCAGAGAUGCCCAUGGUCAACGGGGUUGCCAAUGGACAUAUCACACCUGUGCAGGAGAGCCCUUUCAUUGGCUACAUCAUCGCCAUGCACAGGAAGAUGAUGCGCACAGAGCUGUACUUCCUGUCAUCUCAGAAGAACCGCCCCAGCCUGUUUGGGAUGCCGCUCAUAGUUCCCUGCACGGUCCACACCAGUAAGAAGGACCUGUACGACGCCGUCUGGAUCCAAGUGUCCCGCCUGGCCAGCCCACUGCCCCCACAGGAGGCCAGCAACCAUGCCCAGGACUGUGACGACAGCAUGGGUUACCAGUACCCCUUCACUCUGCGGGUGGUGGGAAAAGAUGGCAAUUCGUGUGCUUGGUGUCCCUGGUACAGGUUCUGCAGAGGCUGCACCAUUGAGUGCACAGAGGACCGGGCUUCUGUGGGGAAUGCUUAUAUAGCUGUGGACUGGGACCCCACCGCCCUGCACCUUCGCUACCAGACCUCCCAGGAGAGGAUCGUGGAGGAGCACUGCAGCGUGGAGCAGUCUCGCCGGGCUCAGGCUGAGCCCAUCAGCCUGGACAGCUGUCUGAAGGCCUUCACCAGCGAGGAGGAGCUGGGCGAGGAUGAACUCUACUACUGCUCAAAGUGCAAGACCCACCGGCUGGCCACCAAGAAGCUGGACCUCUGGAGGCUGCCCCCAAUACUGAUCGUCCACCUGAAGCGCUUCCAGUUUGUAAACGGUCGCUGGAUAAAGUCUCAGAAGAUUGUUAAAUUCCCGCGGGAGAAUUUUGACCCCAGCGCCUUUCUGGCUCCCAGAGACCUGGAGCACCGCUCCCUCCACUCCCGCAGCGAGAGCGAGGACCUGCUGAGGGUCGGAGAAGACAACCUCUCUUCCAUCUCUGCUCCAGCCGGCUUCUGCAACCUGCCCAAAGCCUCUCCCGCCUCAAGCCGAAGAUCCGCUCCUUCUCUGAGUCGGAACAGCAGCCCCUCUGGUAGUCCAAAGUCCGGUGGUCGCAGACCGGGCCGGCUACGGCUGCCCCAGCUCGGCAGCAAGCACCGGCUCUCCAGCAGCAAGGAGAACCUAGACGCAGCCGCGUCUUCUGAAGCUGACUGCCGGGACGGUGCCCCACAGGCAGAGGCGGAGGCAGGAGGCGCGGCCGCAGCGGGGCUCGUCAGCUCAGGCGAUCUGAUGGCGUCAGAGUCCUCGUGUGGCACGGAGGCCUCCAGCAGCCACUGUGACGUGAUCCUGAUGAACGGAGACAGCAACGGGAUGGGAUCAGACUGCAGCAUAGAGAGCAACCUGGACCCCGACAGUUCUCUGCUUCAGCACAGAGACAUGUGUCUGGAUCCCCUCUACAACCUCUAUGCAACAUCAUGUCAUUCAGGAAUCAUGGGAGGGGGCCACUAUGUGACAUACGCCAAAAACCCCAAUGACAAGUGGUACUGUUACAAUGACAGCAGCUGCAAGGAAGUUAAUUCAGAGGAGAUCGACACCGACUCGGCCUACAUCCUGUUCUACGAGCAGCAGGGAGUCGACUACUCCCAGUUCCUGCCAAAGAUCGACGGCAAGAAGAUGGCCGACACCAGUAGCAUGGAUGAGGACUUUGAGUCUGACUAUAAGAAAUACUGCGUCCUUCAGUGAGCCUGCGCUGUCUUCCGCCAGUCGGCACGACGCCUACGUCCUGCUUUCAGCCCGCCGCUCACAGCAGGAGGCGCCGGCUCUUUGGAUCGCUCCGAACAAUUCUCCCAGACUGCUAAUGGCUCCAAGCCAACGGCCCUGUCUGCCUUUAGCCAGGCAUCGCAGCACUUUUUACUCAACCCAAAAAUCUAGAUUAGUGAGAUUUGCCCCACUCCACGCCUCCUUUUCCAAAGCACUAACGGGGUUACGCUUUGUUGAGCCCAGCAGGGAAAAAAACAGAAACCCAAAUCUUCCUUUGUGUAAUCCGCCAUAGCAUACCUGGAACAUUCAGCUGAACCUCUCAGAUCUCUGAAUGUACGCCAAUGUGACCCAGUCAUGACAUGAUGUUACUUUCGCACUGUGCAUUUAUCACCUGGGAUGGAUGGGAAGAACAAUGCCUCUGUGCUUCGGGUGUGAAUACAAGGCUUACGUUUGGAGACAGAUAAAGUUGGAAAUGCCAUCUGGAGCUAGUUGAAGAACACAGGAGACGUGUGCUGGUGUCACGUUCGCUGCCACAGGCCAUUAUGAAGUUAAAAUUCAUUAUCUAGACUAUUGGAUACUGUGAGAUGCUUGUAAAAGCUGUUUUCUUAGCGAUAGUGCGUCUCUAGGGUUAACGUCAUAUGCUACCUCAUCACUUCCCAUCAUGCAGUCUGUGCAGCAGCUGUAGCCUAAACGUUUGAAACAGUGUUAACGACAAAUAUGUUGUUCCUUCCAUUGUAGGAGACCAGGUACUUGCAUUUCAGAGUCCCUGCACCAAAACAAAAAAA